UCUGUGCAAAUUUGACAGAUACUGACUCUGUUAUCCGUGUUGGACCCCCUUGUUGUAGUCGGCGUUAUUGAAAUUUGCAUGGUGUGUUGUUAACUUUUCGAAUUCGGUGGUGUCUUACUCAUAUUUGCUGUAUUUACGCUGUCGAAAUUAUGGCUCUAGUUUGUUCUAUCACGAACGAAGUGCCCGAAUUCCCUGUAGUAUCCCAAGUUUCGGGAGCAGUUUUCGAAAAGCGAAUAAUAGAAAAAUACAUAGCAGAGAAUGGCUGCGAUCCAGUUAACGGUAAGGAGCUCAAAGUGGAAAAUCUCAUCGAGAUCAAGGUACCGGCGAUUGUCAAACCGAGGCCGCCCAGUGCCACGAGUAUUCCGGCGACGCUGAAAACUAUGCAGGACGAAUGGGAUGCUUUGAUGUUGCACACGUUCACUUUGAGACAGCAAUUGCAAACCGCACGACAGGAGCUCAGUCACGCGCUGUAUCAACACGACGCCGCCUGCCGUGUUAUUGCUCGUCUCAACAAGGAAGUGAUGGCGGCUCGAGAGGCCUUGGCCACUCUAAAACCGCAAGCUGGGGUGACAGCGAUGUCUUCGCUCGCACAACAGCCUGCCAUAGCGGCUGAGGCAGCCGGCGUCGCCACCCAUCCAAUCGAACAGGCGGGAAUGAACGCGGAAGUCAUUCAGCGCUUGCAGGACAAGGCCACAGUUCUCACACAAGAACGCAAGAAGCGUGGCCGCACGGUGCCUGAGGAGUUAAUGUCUCAGGACCAGAUCAAAUCAUUUCUUACAGUUGCUUCCCACCCGGGUUUGCAUUCGGCUUCCAUGCCCGGCAUAUUGGCUCUGGAUAUAAGCGGAUCGGAUCACAGUAAAAUCCUAACAGGAGGAAACGACAAGACAGCGACAGUAUUCAACAAGGAGACUGAGCAGGUGGUUGCAAUUCUACGGGGCCAUACAAAGAAAGUUACGAAAGUUGUUUAUCAUCCGGACGAGGACACAGUAAUCACCGCGUCGCCAGAUACAACGAUUCGGAUUUGGAGUGUGCCGAAAUGUCAAGCACAAUUGAUGUUACGUUGCCACGAAGAGCAAGUAACCGGGUUAUCCCUGCAUCCAACUGGAGACUACAUUCUGUCGACUUCCUCAGACAAACACUGGGCAUUCUCUGACAUCAGAACUGGUAGACUCCUGACAAAGGUCAUGGACACGGCUGAAAUCGGGCUGACAACUGCUCAAUUCCAUCCUGAUGGAUUGAUUUUCGGCACCGGCACUGACGACUCACAAGUGAAAAUUUGGGAUUUGAAAGAGCAAAGCAACGUGGCGAAUUUCCCGGGUCACACUGGACCGAUAUCAGCCAUCUCAUUCUCCGAGAACGGCUACUACUUGGCCACUGCAGCCGACGAUUCGUGCGUUAAGUUGUGGGAUUUGCGCAAAUUGAAGAACUUCAAAACAAUUCAGCUGGAAGAUGGCUACGAGGUGAAGGACUUAUGCUUCGACCAAAGCGGAACUUAUCUCGCUGUUGCAGGAACUGAUGUCAGAGUUUAUUUGUGUAAGCAAUGGAUUGAUUUGAAAGUUUUCAAUGAUCACACGGCACUGGCGACAGGCGUACGGUUCGGAAAACAUGCCCGGUACGUUGCUUCGACGAGCAUGGAUCGAACUUUAAAAUUGUAUGGUAUCGAAUAAAAUAACAUUUAGAAUCUAAAAAA